AUGUCCGCCAAAAGACGUGUCUCGUACGUUAUUCCUCCUCCAACAGAACCUGUUCCGCGGUUAGAACUUCCUUCUUUUGGCGCUUCCCGUUUGGGCUCGGCUGGCCCCCUGCUGAUACCAGCCAGUGGUGUCAUUGGUAAUUCACUCGAUGAAUACCCCAAAUGGUCUCGACAUCCCCGGCAUCGACUUGGAGUAAAUGCUCUUGCCCUUGAUUAUUCAACGCAGCUCGCGGGGCGUUCUGCACCUGAAGGAAUCUUGUAUAGCGGAGGAAGAGACGGACUGGUGCUUUCUUGGGACCUGCAAUUACCAAUGAAGAACCGAACCUCGAAGGAAAAUGAGGGAAGACACAAGUGGGAAGCCAUGACUGGCUGGGAGGACGAUGCAACAGACUCGGAAGAAGAAUAUUAUCCAACAUCCUCAGGAGAUAUAUUGGGAACUGUUGUUGGAACUGUGGACAGAAGAAAGCGAGCUACAAGGAAGGGAUCUGCGCUUUCUUACGAGCAACAAUGGGAAAUGGAUGUUGAGUCUUUCCGGGCGGGACAGCCCAGUUCAUUUCGCCAGUGUGCUCAGCUACAUUUUUUGACUGGAUGGGUCAAUGACCUCUGUCUCGUGAAUUACAACCAGACAGUCGUUUCUGGUUCGUCUGACGGAACCCUCAAGGCUUGGAAUCCUCAUUCCCAAACACCCUCCGAUCCCUCCAUUAUUGGGACGCACAGUGACUACGUUCGCUGUCUUUCAUACUGUCGGGAACAAAAUUGGAUAGCGUCAGGGUCUUUUGACCGAACAAUCAAGCUUUGGGAUCUUGCGCGGUCUUCAAAUCCGCAACCGCUCGUAACCCUCAAUCCAGCAGAUGCUUCCGCCGCCAAAUCAUCGGUCUAUGCUCUUGCCGCAGAUCCUUUCGGUCAUACAAUCGCAUCAGGAUCGCCUGAACGUGUGGUGCGCUUGUGGGACCCCCGUUCUGGCAAAAGAACCGGCAAGCUUGUGGGACACACGGACAAUAUUCGUGCCAUACUCAUAUCUGAAGACUCGCGUUAUCUUUUGACCGGGUCGGCGGACGCGUCUAUCAAGCUUUGGUCGCUUGCCUCUCAACGUUGUCUUCAUACAUUCACUCAUCACACCGACUCUGUCUGGUCCCUAUUUUCUUCUCAUCCAUCCCUCGAAAUGUUCUACUCCGGUGAUCGCUCUGGGCUCGUUUGCAAAACAGAUGUUGAGGACUGUGCUGAUGUCUCUGAAGGCGAAUGUAUUUUGCUCUGCCAGGAUACACACGAAUCUCCCAUCGCAGAAGGGAUUAACAAGAUCGUCGCGCUGGAUGACAACCUUCUUUGGACUGCUUCCGGCAGCUCAACGAUCAGGCGAUGGCGUGUACCACAAAGACGUGGUGUUCGAGCACCUUUCAACUCUGAAGUCAAAAGGCUUUCGCAACCCGAGUCACCCACUAGUACUCUGUCCUCUGCUCGGCGUGGUCACGGAGAAAACUCUUCUCUUAGCCGAUCCAUGCAUUCAGAAUACGACCAGCUAAAGGCUGAAAAAGGAACGUUGUACGGUAUUCCUUUUGAAUCUCUGGUAAAACUUACCUCGCCCAACAACCCUUUUGGUUUCUACACAACCUCCAAAGAUCGCGACGCAGAAAUUGCGACACUCUAUUCCGCCGCUUCUGUCAUGUCUGUCCCGAAGACGAAUCCUCGCUCACCUGUACAAUCCACGUUCGCUCAAUCAAACCAACAUAAACAGUCGCAGCCUCACCGUUCAGAGACUGUCGUGGAACUUCCUAGUGCUAGAGCGCUGUUUGAAGACCGCGAGAUUGCAGCCGAUGCUGUUCCACUGUACACUGAGCCAGAUGAUGUGAUACGUGGCGAUCACGGCCUGGUGAGGUCGAUCAUCCUCAAUGAUAGAAUUCAUGCUUUAACGGUCGACACUUCGGGUACGGUGGAAGUUUGGGACAUCGCCCGAUGUGUAUGUAAAGGAAAGUUCUCCAAGGAAGAUGUCGCGGCAGCCAGUGUGCGUGCUGCAAGCUCGACCAGUAGUGGAGAUGGAGGUGGAGACAGAACCAACGAACGGGAGAGAAGUCCUAGAGAAGCACUAGAGAUCGUCCGAGAGAGGAUAGAGCACGAAGUAGUCGUCUUACCUUGGUCCACGGCAGAUACCAAGAGCGGAGUCUUGACGAUUCAUGUCACUGAACGCUGCUUUGACGCAGAAGUCUAUGCUGAUGAAGCUGGUUUUGUCCAUGAUCGAUACGUCAACGAUGAGUCCAAAUUGAACAUUGGCAAAUGGGUCUUGAAAAACCUCUUUUUGGGAUUUAUUCGUGAGGAACAACGUCUGCAACGCAAGCUCGAGAGGAGCAGCAGUCGCGACCGUAAUCAUGACACCUCCCACGAUCCGUCUAAACUUCGUUCUUCAAGAACCAGUGCUUCUGUCAUCUCAUCCAGCAAGAUGUUACAGGCCGUUGCUCCAACCGUCUCUGGAUUUACGCGCUCUUCCCCCUUACUCACUCCGAUGAUACCAUUGAACAUUCCUAAAGAAAAUGCAUUGCCCCUACCAGCUAUACCUCAAUUACCCACCAUUCAUAGUAAUGAUGCGACUCCCAUGCCGCGAAGACAUAGGUCUGGUACGCUGGACAGCUUGCACCAGUCAUCUGCACACGGAGAUUACUUUUCUGUGCCUACCCGCAGACCUUCGAUAACAGCAUCGACUCCGGAUGAACUUCCAGCAUGGAAUGGUGCUUCAAAAAUCGACGCCGGUUUACAGACACCAACGACGCCCUCCAGUGGGCUGAUGGGCCGAUUGAAGAACUUUGGAAAGAAUAAAAAAAUUUCCGCAGAUACCGCCAAUACGAUCAGUGCAGACCGGCUGAAAACACCGACACAGAAUUCAGCUGCAUCAGGGACAAAGACCCCGCUCCAGGAAGUACUUUCUCGCCCGCUCACACCGCCUCCGUCAAACGAAGCACCUCUUCAUAAUUUGCCACCCCAUAUCACAUUGAUAAUAUCUGAAGAAAAUCCGCCUAGUUUCACAACACUUUAUCGCGGAACGGUGAACUCCGCUGGUCAUGAUACAUCUAUUUUGGAAGAGGUUAUGCCCUUAUGGCUCUUAGAGUAUCUUCUGCAUAAUAAGCUGGCUUCGGCACCACCAUUGGUCAAAGUCAGCUUUAUCCUACUUCCCUGGCCCAACAAAGAUCCAGAUGGGACACAGUUGCCAGAGUUGCUAAACAUACAACAGUCUAAACUCACAGCUAAUCGUUGGUUAAGGGUUAGAAAAUUGGUCAUCCAUGUUCAGGAUAAAUUAGACAAAUUUGCUGCGUCAAAUCCCACCUCGGCUGCCACCUCGCCCAGGUCUUCCAUAGAAAGUCAGCAUCUGCACGGUCAGCGCCCAACUGCAGAAGAUCUCUACGAGAUAUUGUGCAACGACGUGCUACUACCUCUGGACAUGUCUCUCGCCACUGUGCGACAUUACGUAUGGAGACAACCCACCGAAUUGACCUUGUAUUACCGACUCAAACGUCCUGUCGCUUCCUGAAUCAUGUACUCGUUACGGUUAUGUUUGUUAUUUUUUACCCUAUGUUGCCCUACCUACUUGUGUAUAAAUCACCGGGAUAAUUUUAGCACUGCAUGUUGUACUUGUCCUGUCUCUUUUUCGCAACGAGGAAAAUUCCUUUUGAAAGUACAAGGGGUGGAUAUCAUACAACAAAAAAUGAGAUUGAGAGGUAACAAGCAAUGAAAAGGCAAGAGCGACUUUUGAUUUCAUCUUCGGAUUCCCCGGGAAGCUGUUGGUGCGACGCCGCGACCACGACGAGC